CCGACUCCCGAGCCCAGGAGGCGGCGGCGGGCCCGGGCUCCGCGCCGGGGCCGGACCAUGGAGCGCGGGCUGCACCUCGGCGCGGCCGCCGCGGGCGAAGACGAUCUCUACCUGCACAAGAGCCUGAGCGCCUCCGCCGCCAAGCGCUUGGAGGCGGCUUUCCGCUCCACGCCCCCGGGCAUGGACCUGUCCCUGGCACCGCCGCCCCGGGAGCGCCCGGCGUCCUCCUCGUCGUCGCCCCUCGGCUGCUUCGAGCCGGCUGACCCCGAGGGGGCAGGGCUGCUGCUGCCACCGCCCGGGGGAGGCGGCGGCGCGGGAGGCGGCGGCGGCGGCGGCGGGGUGGGCGUCUCCGGGCUGCUCGUGGGCUCCGCCGGCGUGGGGGGCGACCCCAGCCUGAGCAGCCUGCCGGCUGGGGCGGCCCUGUGCCUCAAGUACGGCGAGAGCGCCGGCCGGGGCUCGGUGGCCGAGAGCAGCGGCGGCGAGCAGAGCCCCGACGACGACAGCGACGGCCGUUGCGAGCUGGUGCUGCGGCCCGGAGGCACCGACCCGCGGGCCUCCCCGGGCGCGGGAGGCGGCGGCACCAAGGCGGCCGAGGGCUGCUCCAACGCCCUCCUCCACGGCGGCGGCGGCGCCCCCCCGGGGGCCCCAAGCGGCGGCGGUGGCGGGGGUAGCGGCGGCGGCGGCGGCGGGGGUAGUGGCGGCAGCAAGAAAUCCAAAGAGCAGAAAGCGCUGCGGCUCAACAUCAACGCCCGCGAGCGCCGGCGGAUGCACGACCUGAACGACGCGCUGGACGAGCUGCGCGCGGUGAUCCCCUACGCGCACAGCCCCUCGGUGCGGAAGCUCUCCAAGAUCGCCACGCUGCUGCUCGCCAAGAACUACAUCCUCAUGCAGGCGCAGGCCCUGGAGGAGAUGCGGCGCCUCGUCGCCUACCUCAACCAGGGCCAGGCCAUCUCCGCCGCCUCCCUGCCCAGCUCCGCGGCUGCGGCGGCCGCGGCCGCUGCCUUGCACCCGGCGCUUGGCGCGUACGAGCAGGCGGCCGGAUACCCGUUCAGCGCCGGGCUGCCCCCGGCUGCCUCCUGCCCGGAGAAGUGCGCCCUGUUCAAUAGCGUCUCCUCCAGCCUCUGCAAACAGUGCACGGAGAAGCCUUAAACAUCCCCUCCACCCAUCCACCACCACCCCGCCCCGAAAAACACCAGACCGACCCCAAAGCUAGAGGACAGUGCACAGCUGCUCACCACCCCUUUUAUUUGGUCCUCUCGUAGUUGGGAAACACUUGCAGAACAGACAAAGCGGAGGCGAGAACUGAGAAGUAUCAGAGACACUCGGGACUUCUAGCCUCGACAACCCCAGAAUCUUGGUCUUUGGGGUGGGGAGUGAGGUGGAGUUGGUAUGGAGAUAGAUAUCUUUAUUUUUUCCUCGGAAAAGUGGCAACUUUGGUGGCAGCUUAGACCGCGAGGAAGCAGUUUGCCUUUAAGGUUAAAACACAAGUUGAGAAGUAGUCGUUAUUAAGCGUGGAAGGUAUUCCAGGGCAAAAUAGUAAUCCUACUGAUAAUUGUGAAUUUGGCUAGUGCUGAGGGGGGAAGGAGGAGUCCGGGGUUGGGUGGCUUGUGGGACGGAAUAUUCAUUCAGACAAAUCAGAAAGGGCACUUGAAAAUAAAUUUGAUUCUGAGCCAGGAGAAAAACUUGAAAUGUAGAUUUAUUUAAGUGAAAAAACAAAACAAAACAAAAACAACAGAAAGAGACACGUUGCUAUGAAAGACUUGUAUUUUUUAUUGUCUCUGAACUUUAAUCCUGUGAAAAUGCUCAAAAGUUUUGGCAAGAGUGAUAUAAAACUGACUGUGGCUGAAAGAAAUUGCAUUUAAAAAUAUUUAUGUGCACCUUGUUACUUUCCACUCUGCAAUGAUGUAUUAACGAUUCAUGGUAUUUAUUUGUUAUUCAUCAAUGACCCUUCCACAUCAACAGUAUUUAUCAUGUGUUAAGGUCAUGGGGUCUUAUGUGCAGAUUUUUUUAAUGCCUCUAAAAUUCUGUUUUAUAGAUUAACUUAUUGUGUGCCAAGUGUUUAAAAGGGUUUAUUUGCCAACAAGUAUGAAGAGACAUAUUGAUGUAUCUGAGCUGCUUAGGUUUAUCAAAGGUCACCUGGAUAUCUUCAGUUGCAUCAUCCCUGUAUUUAAAUUGAGCUUUAAUAAAUUGCUUCAGUCCAAAAAUUACAGGAAAGGUGUAUUCUUAAUUAAUGAAUGAAUUGAUCUCUUUCUUUUUUUCCCAAAAGGGGACUCUUUUGCAUUCUAAAAAGGAAGACAUCACAGCAAUAGAUCCUAUAAGUAAGAACAUGCUAAACAAAUACUUUUUUCAGGCUAUGCUGUGCAUUUAUAAAAGGUCUAAUUUAAUUGCUUUUAAUAUAUGUGUACAUAUAUAAGUUAUUUUAACUGUGGAGAAUUAUUUAAGUUGAAAGACUGGUUUGAUUUGCCUAUGGUGUGAAAUUCUUUGUUAUUUUUCUAAAAAACAAUUAAAAGGAAAUAAAAUAAAACUAAGGAAGAGCAAGAAGCUAUUUACCCAAAGCGAGCUUUCAGUUUUAGUUUGCAUGGCUGUUUGCCUGCCUUUCUAGCCUAUGAAAAUCCAGAAAACCUUUUUUAAAAAAUGGAGUCCUGCUAUUUUCACUCCUUGCAGAUAAUACAAAUUCAGUUUGUCAGGUUGGAUGGUGAGUGGGGAGUUGUGAUGGAUCUCUUGGCGGGUUUUGGAUGUGUAAAGAAUGAUAUAUAUAUUAAAUAGGUCAAUCAGACUAUGACAGCUAUGUACGACCAUUUGUAUGUGUAUCUAUGUCAGAAAGAAUCUUUAUUAAAAUAUUUUGAUCAAACA